AUGGCGGAAGACCCGUUUCCCGGCUACGAUGCGGCAAGAGACUCAGAUGCGAGCACAACAAGGCCCGGCUCUGUUGGCGAGUUGCUGGAUGGUACAGCCUACAGGCACAAGCACAGGCGAAGGCGAAGGAGCGCGGUAGCAGAGCCGGGUCAGAAUGCGAUAUCUACACUCCUGCAACCACCAACCUCACGCGCCGGGCUUCUCCCUCCCUCGCAGAAGCCGCCUACCUCCCGGUACAUACCUCCCGUCACACUCACCACCGGCGUCGAUGUCGAAUCCUCGAUCUUUAACGACUAUCUCAGCCAGGUCGGAGCCCUGUUUAACACCUUCCAACGCACGAAGCUCGAGUCCGAAGACGACGGCGCACAGGUGUUUCGUCAGGACAUCUCUGCCGCCAAAGAUGAGGAACUUGCGCGGCGCGGAGGGCGGAAGAACCGUGUUUCAAAGCGCGGCCAGCUUGUGCCUGCUCCGCUGUCUACGAUUCCCGCCGUGUAUUUUGAUGAAAACUUUCGUCUUGAGAAUCCGCGCACUUUCGAUAUUGUCAGUGAGCGUGCGGAGGUUAUGAAACAGCCACUGUCCGCCAUUGAAGACUGUAACAAGAGCGCGAAUGGCUCUGCUACUGAUCUCAACCCGCAGCCUGCUAGGAAGGCGCUUACUACCAAUGCUAUCUUGCAGGAGAAGUUAUCGUGGUACAUGGACACUAUAGAGAUUCAACUGGUAUUUUCGAUUUCCAAAGCGUCAGCCUCCUUUUUCGCCGCGCUCGGCUCUCUUCGUCGACUCCAGGCCGAGGUGGCCGACUCUGUUGCAAAGAUCCAGAAGCUGAGGGAAGGCCUCGCGCAUUUCAGCAAAGAGAUGGUGGUGCGCGGGUUUGAGAUCAUCAGCAUGAAGCGAAGACGGGACAAUCUGAGAAUGCUGGGCGAGGCCACCAAACAGCUUCAAUGUGUCCUCGGCGGCGCCAGUCACUGCAAAAAACUCGUAGACUCUGGACAGCUGGAGACGGCCAAACAACAUAUCUCGUACGUCGAACAGCUCGCAUGCGGAACGCUGGAUCCGAAAAUUGGCUGCAAGUUGCAUUGGCUUCUGCCGGGCCCAUUCAUUCAACUCACCGAUCUACGCCGACUACACGCUCUUGGAGGACUGUCGCAGGACAUCAAUCAGCUCCGCCUGCGGAUCUGGAAGAGUUAUGAAGCCCAAUUGCUGGACGUUCUUUUGUGCGACUUGCGCCGACAUGUGUCCGGUGUACCGCCGCGAGAUACCCUGGCGCGUUGGGCUGACACCGCAAAUCGCGGACGGGGCGCAACGGAUGCCUCCCUGUCAACACCCGCGUUUAUGACGGCUGUAGAAAAGCUGCGCGAAGAACUCAUCCCUGUCCUUCAGGGACUUGGUCAGUCGCAGUAUCUAACGGCAGCAAGUGCCGCGUUUCGUGAAGCUGUCAUCCGAGAAAUGAAAUCUCUUAUCCGCCGGCAUCUACCGAGCUCUACCGACGACGAUGAUGAAUCUGUCGCCUCUGAGUCCACAAGGACAAGCGGCCGGCGGCUGACCCAGCAGGAGAAGUCGAGCAUUCUAUCUCGCAACAUGCGUGCUCUCAGCCCCGAGGACGCCGAAGCGUUUUUUGUCGAGGUCUACUGCGGGAUAGGCGAAGCAUUACGGAGACUUCAUGUACAGAUCAAGGUUCUCCUUGAUAUCACAAGCGGCAUGACGAACACUCGAAGCAAUGUACUCACGCCCAUCCAAACCCCGAAAAGCAUGGGCAAUCCGGCUGUCCAUUCGCCCAGCCUUUCGAUCGGAUGUAAUUUACCAGAGAUGACCCAAACGCUUGACAUGUCGAGCCUCCUCGUACAGGCAGUGGACAAGGCACAGUCAGAGAUGGCAAAGGUGCUGCAUGUCAGAGCCGAGCAGACGGUUCGUCUCGGAUUGGCCGAUUUUUUGAGCUUCUUCACGCUGAAUCGUCUGUUUGUUAACGAAUGCGAGGCAGUCUCUGGACACUCUGGAGCGGCGCUUAAGGGCAUCGUGAACAACCAAAUGUACGACUUUAUCCCGCUUCUGCACGAAGUGGAAAAGCAAAAGCUACUGCAAAAGCUGGAGUCCGAGAAGUGGGAACGCGUCGAUUUCAAGCCCAAGGACGCAUUGAUCUUGGCGCACUUUGUCCAGCCCAUGACUGCUGACCCCCCAGCAUGGCUCCGUUACAUGGACGUUAAUACCGCAGGUCAGGAAAUAGGUGAACAGAGUUUAAAAACAAACCUCGCCUCUGCCACGGAGCCUACGAGUGCUGCCAAGCAAAACAAGAAUGGCCCGACACUGGCGGUCAUCGAGGAGGAGCAGUUUAGACUCGUCGAUUCGACAGCAUUUGCACUUCGUGGCAUCGAGCAAUACGCAAUCCUCCUGGUAUCAACCCACGGAAUGGCCAACGAGAUCUCGACGGCCCUUCUCGACUAUCUCAAGCUGUAUAACUCACGUAUACAACAACUUAUUCUCGGUGCCGGCGCCAGAAUAACAGCCGGGCUGACUAAUAUUAAUACCAAGCACCUUGCCCUGGCCUCGCAGUCACUAUCCUUCUUCAUUGCUCUGAUACCCUACUUGCGCGGGUGUGCUAGUCGUCGACCAUCUAUCACAGCCUCUAGCAUGGCAGAAUAUGAUCGGCUGAAGUGCCUGUUCCAAGACCAUCGAUCUGCUAUCGACGAUAAGCUCAUCGACAUAAUGAAUUCUCGCGCCAACCUUUACAUUAGAGAGAUGGAGAAGAUCAGGUGGGACGAUGAAGACGAGUUGCAGCGGAACGCUACUCCACACAUUGAGAUGCUCACGAAAGAGGUGCUCACGCUACAACGGGUGCUGAGCAAAUACCUGCCGGCAUUGAGUGUGAGGAGCAUUUUCCGACGGGUCUUUGUGAGCUACAGGGAGCAAUGGGGCAAUGCAUUCGAAGGUGCGGCGGUACAGACCGAGGCCGGGAAAGCAAGGCUUCUGCGAGACGCGGAGCUUCUUGAAACAAAGCUUGCUAAUAUUGACGGCGCAGAAGACUUUGGCAUGCGCAUUAUCAAUAUUGUCACAGCGAAGCAAAUCGCAUCCCAAACAAAGGCCAACAGGAACGCGCCAUCCGGAUAG